AUGACCAACUCCCCUAAAGCCCCUUUGGCGCUCGACACGUCUAAUUAUCUUUCAGGAUGGAGGCUUUACAUCGUGAUCGCUUGCCUCUUCUUCGGAUCGUUCCUUAUUGCUCUCGAUACAAACAUCAUCAAUGUUGCGAUACCACAGAUAUCGACUGACUUCAAAGCUCUUGGAGAUGUUGCUUGGUAUGGAACGGCUUACUUGCUCACCAUCACCGCCUUCCAGCCUGUGUACGGCGCCAUGUAUAGAUAUUUCCAGACGGACAUCGUAUACCGGCUGUCGAUCGCAGUGUUUGAAGUUGGUUCAAUAAUAUGCGCUGCUGCUCCGAAUUCGACUACGUUUAUAGUAGGGAGGGCUUUUGCUGGGCUUGGGGCUGCGGGCAUCCUCCAGGGUGCUCUCAGCAUUAUCAGCCAGGUUGUCCCUCUCCAGAAGCGUCCGCUUUAUAUGGGUGUCGUCAUCAGCGUCUUCGUUAUUGCUGUCACAGUAGGCCCAGUGCUUGGGGGUGUCUUCACUGAGAAUGCCACUUGGAGAUGGUGCUUUUGGAUAAAUCUUCCAAUUGGGGCGGUCGUUCUGGUGGGCUUGACCAUAUUUCUAAAGAUUCAAACAACGCAAAGCGAAGACCGAGCACUCCCGUUCAAAAGGAAGCUUUACAACAUGGAUCCCCUGGGAUGUCUUGUGUUCAUUGGCACCGUGGUCUUACUGCUUCUUGCCUUACACUGGGCUGGUCAAACUAAACCAUGGAAUUCAGCAGAUGUUAUUGGGUGUUUAGUAGGCGCUGGUCUCUCGGCCCUGCUUUUUAUCUACCUGGAAUGGAAACGAGGCAACUCUGCCUUGAUACCCCUUCGAGUGUUCAGGACCCGGUCAGUUUGGACUGGCGCGAUGGUUCUGUUUUUCCUUGGGGCAGUAACUUACGUUAAUGUCUUCUUUCUUCCUUUUUGGUUUCAGGGCGUUAUAGGUAUCAGCCCUAUACGGACUGGCGUCAACUUCAUACCCUACCUAGUUCCACAGCUUGUCUCGUUAAUCAUCGUCGGUGCAAUCGUAAAGCAGUUUGGCUAUUAUGUGCCUUAUAUGAUUGCUGGUGAAUUGAUAUGUGUCGCUGGACAAGCGUUGCUUACUCAAAUUCACCCCGACAGUCCCACACUCUACUGGGCAGCAGGACUGGUGGUGUCUGGCCUUGGCUCUGGCAUGGCCAUGCAAUUACCUUAUACAGCUGUUGCCCUUGUUCUAGCAGACCAAGACAUUCCCGUCGGUAAUGCCAUCGCCGUGCUAUUCUAUCAGCUUGGGGGGGCAGUGUUCAUAUCUGUGGGACAAAACAUCAUAAUCACUACCGUCCUCGACCUUGUUCACCAGCGAUUGCCUAGGAUCUCGGCAGAGGCAGUUCUUAGUGCUGGGGCAGCAAACCUUGCUGCUCUCGUUACUGGCCCUCAAGAGCUGAUCAUUUUGCGUAAUGUCUGGAACACGGCUAUUGCACGAACAUUGAUUCUAGGUACUGCUCUGGCAGGUGCAUCAUUGCCAUUUACACUUGGGAUGGAAUGGCUCAACGCCAAUAAAGUCGCUGCAGAAAGAGGUAACGCGGCCGAGGCAGAUAGCAGCGAAGAGACCAAGCAGCAAGCUGCCGAUUGCUGA